CAGACCCGGUCCAUUUAGAAUUAAAUGGGUGGGUUUCCAGCUGUCAGAAGUCCGAAAGUUCCCUCUCUUUUUCUGAAAAGGGAUGAUUUGCAUUGAUGACAAGUGUUGGGAGUUGUAUUGUGCCGUGGAGAUCGUGGGUUGAGGAAGUUGAUGCGCCCCUUUUCUUUUCUAUAAAUACGGGGUGCAUUGCUCUUUUCGAACUUUUUACUCCUUCUUUCAGACCCUUUCUCUCUCUAAAUUCCGGCGAUCGCAGUGCAAUUUGUUUCUUCAGAUCUACGAAAUUCGGCCAACUUUAGGCUUCGGGAACUUGUGUUGUUCGUUUUAUCGGCGAAUUCCGCUUCGGAAAAAGGUAAUUUGUUUCUGAAUUCUCCUUUUUUCUUCGUUUUUCCUUCUACCCCUCAAUCUCAACCCUAGACCGAGAAUUCGCGGCCAUGGCAAAGAAUAGGGGCAAGAGCAAGUUCGUCGUUGGCUCCUCUAGUGAGAGGGAGAACGUGCCUUCGGGAAGGUUACCGAAAACUUCAAGGGGUCGGCCUUCGGAGAGGCCAGUGGAGAGGCGUUCGACUGGUUGGGAUGCUUCGAAAGAUGAUGUUGUUGGCGGGUCUAGCGUGUCUGAACGCGCAACUUCUGGUAAGAAAGCUGGCUCUUCGGGUGUGCGCCGCUCCUACCCUGAGUUUCCAGUUCAUUGGACUGAAGCUGAUCCGCAGGGCAAGUAUGCCCCGAUUCUGCAUGAGACCACUAAGAUCGAUGGUCCCUUGGAAAAAUCGGUCAGUGGUGACUGGUUGGUGGAGGCGAAGCUGGGGCAUUACCAUCGGAGGGCCGAAGAGUUAUACGGAAUCCAGCACGCCUUGGGGUACUGGUGCGAGCUUCCCGACCAGGAGCGUCCUCGGGUGACUCAUCCGCCGAGGGGGUUCAUCUCUGUGUAUACUCAUCAUUUGGAGAACGGUCUCCGCUUUCCUUUGGAUCCCUUCGUAUCCGAGCUCCUGGUGUCGUACAACAUCAGUUUGGCCCAGCUUACCCCCAAAUCUAUGAGGCACAUCAUCGGAUUUAGAUGGGUGUGCGAUUUUAUUAACUUUCCAUGCUCUGUUGCCGUGUUUCGGGAUCUGCACGAUCUAUCUUUCAACCACGCUUCCAAGGGGGAUGGGUAUGGUUGGUGGACCAUUAUCAACAAAAGAUCCCGAAGAAAGGGGGAGCCGAACUAUAUUACGGCCUACCCUUACCUCAGCUCUGAUCAUAACUGGAAGACGGAGUGGUUGUUCGUUCGUGUGACGACAGAUCCGAAGCAUCCACAUUUUUACCGCCCUCUGAAGUGGUUUGUGACUCCUGAUCCUGAUAUGCGAAGCGUGGCUGCUCCGGAUCGGAACCAUCACCACUACGUGGAUCUCCUCCAGUGGUUUUUGGCUCGGGAGGACAACUACAAAUUGCCGUCCAACUGGCUCCCGAACCUCAACUAUAUCUUGCGGGAGGACAUUCUUGCUGUUGCCGGUCUCAGCAGGAUUUUUGACAGGGGUAGGUGUCUUUCGGCUGGGACCGUGCUUUAGUAAGUUUGUCCUCCUCCUUUUUGGUCUCGUUUUACUGAUUUCGUUUUGUGCUUUGUUUCUGCAGAGUACGGUUUUAGCUGCGUUGAUCCUGUGGUCUUGGGUAUUUCUUUGGAUCUGAAGACCAUUCACGACUCGGCCCCUGAUUAUAAGUUCGGGAAGGAGAAUCCUCGCAAUCCUCGCUUGAAGGAUUACGUGCUGUCUCCGUCGGGUGUCGCUCGGAUAUCUGAAGUUCGAGCUGAUCCGUGGGAUUCUGCCUCUUCUCCCGAAGCUGUUCCAGUGAAAGUCGUGCUCCCUGAUUUGAGGACAACCUCGGAUCCGGAUCAGCGCAAAAGGAAGAGCAGCACUCUUUUGAGGCCUUCUGCGCAUCCGAAGAAGGCGAAAGCUGAUCAGUCUUCGGAGAGGGUAUUUGUUC